AUGAGAAGUCAUAAUCACAGCAUGGUAUCUGAAUUUCUCCUCUUAGGGUUUCCCAUCCAAGUGGAGCAGCAGGGCAUGUUGUUCACUCUGUUCCUGGGCAUGUACCUCACCACCAUGCUGGGGAACCUGCUCAUCAUUCUACUCAUCAAGGUGGACUCUUACCUCCACACCCCCAUGUACUUCUUCCUCAGUCAUUUGGCCUUCACUGACAUCUCCUUCUCAUCAGUGACAGCCCCCAAAAUGUUAAUGAACAUGCAGACACAAAGUCAAUCCAUUUCAUACGCUGGAUGCAUUUCUCAAGUGUAUUUUUUCAUAUUCUUUGCUGAUAUUGACAGUUUCCUGCUCACCUCCAUGGCCUAUGACAGGUAUGUGGCCAUUUGUCACCCCCUGCACUAUACCACUAUCAUGAGUCAGAGACUGUGUUUCUUGCUAGUAGUAGUGUCCUGGGUCUUAUCCUUUGCCAAUGCUCUAUUACACACCCUACUCCUGGCCUGUCUGUCGUUCUAUGGUAAGAACACUCUCCCUCACUUUUUCUGUGACCUCUCUACUUUACUCAAACUGUCCAGCUCAGACACCACAGUCAAUGAAAUGGUUAUUCUCUUUGUAGGGGGUGUGGUCAUUAUAUUUCCAUUUAUAUGUAUCCUGGUCUCUUAUGGCCACAUUGGAGCCACCAUCCUGAGAGUCCCUUCAACCAAAGGAAUCUGCAAAGCCUUAUCCACCUGUGGUUCCCACCUUUCUGUCGUGUGUCUUUACUAUGGGGCAAUUAUUGGAUUGUACAUUUUCCCCUCAUCCGAAGAGUCCAAUGGCAAAGAUGUCAUUGUGGCUGUUUUAUACACCCUGGUCACUCCCAUGCUAAAUCCUUUUAUUUAUAGUUUAAGGAAUAGGGACAUGAAAGGAGCUCUGGGAGUCAUUCUAAAUAGAAGAACAUUUUCAUCAUAG